UCUCUAUGUAUAUUUGGGAGCAGUAGUCCCAGAGAGAGGAUAACAUGGAGAAGACUAACUACAAAGACGAUGACGUUUCGCUGACAGAACUUAGAGACAGAGUGGCGGAGUUCGCCCUAGCCAGAGGGUGGGACAAGCAUCACACCCCCAGAAAUCUCCUGCUUGCCCUAGUGGGAGAAGUGGGGGAGCUAUCGGAGAUAUUCCAAUGGAAGGGAGAGGUGGCGAGGGGGCUGCCCAAUUGGAGCGCCGACGACAAAGAGCAUCUAGAAGAAGAGCUUUCAGACGUGUUGCUGUAUCUUGUUCGUUUGGCAGACGUGUGUGGGCUCGAUCUCGGUCGAGCUGCUCUCUCCAAGAUCCUCAAGAAUGCCAUUAAGUACCCUCUUAUUCCUCACCAAAAGAAACCCUAAUCUCAACUUCCAUUAUCCAUCUCCAUUAUUCACAUCACGUAUCACCUAUCCUUUAGAGUACAACAUGUGAGAUUCAAAAUUGGAAUUUACAAUCAUCUUAACUAGUUGAACUAUAUUCAAGUUGACACAUCUUCUCUUAUUGCGUAUUAGCUUAUAUUUAUAUAGAACAUCGUAGCAAAACUUUGGGCGGGUAUUUUGGAAAAGUUUAUGAGUGAGGUCUAGGCUAUCUGUUUGUUUCCCUUUUGAGUUUUGAGAGAGCUAGUAUAUGCUUUUUAUGAGCCAAUAGUACUAAUUGAUUCCCACAUCCCUCUAUGAUUUCCAAAGUGCAUUAUUAGAAUUCCAAAAAAAGGAAAAAAAGGAGUAGAUUUUCCUUGGUCCUAUCACAAAUUCACAAUUCAGUUUCUUUCCUGUAAGAU